AUGGCGCAUGCGCUCUGGACGACGCUGGCGGGCAUGCACUCGUCGCAGUCGCUGAGCCGCGUCAACAACAUCCGUACCUCCCUCAUGAGGGCCGACAGCUCUUUCUGGAAACGUAACAAACCGGCCUGUGCCCCUCGUGUAAAAACCAAGGUCACCAAGAAGGCCGGCAAGAAGAAAGCCGCCAAAUUUUCUGAUCCGCCGGAGGAGGAAGAAUCAGACGCAGAGGAUGAAACUGAGGCCAGCCAUGCAGAUCAUAUUGAGGCCUCUUCCAGUUUGUCUGGUGGUUCAUCGACCACCCAAUUGCCUCCUCUCAAAGUUGUCGCCGGCGCCAAAGCUCGAUUAAGCAAGAAAGCCAAGACCAGCGACCCUACUGUUGGAGUUGAUCUGGAAAAGACACCCGAACAUCAAGAGGUUGCUAUGGACAGUUUUGCUGGGCCUAAUCAAGAUGGCAAUGCUAAACCGCCAGAAGCUGAACCAACCGCAGAAGCUGAUACUUCAAAUCCUCCUGCUCCUCCAAGCCCGACAAUGGAACAGCAGGACUCAAUUGCCGAUCCGCCACAUUCAGCUAACAAACCGCCAAGUCCUAUUCAACAUAUUGAUUCCUCUAGCCCGGCCAAGGAUGAUGACAUUAUUGUUACAGGCACUGCAUACAACGCCCCUGGAAACCCGGUUGCUCUAUCCAAGCAUACUGCUAAGGAUGAAUCUACUGCCAUGAACAAAGGAAAGGAAACCAUCAAAGCCAAGGAUGAGCUGAAAACCGCCUUGACCACCAUGGAGCAGCUUAAGGCAUGGUUCAAAUCUGAGCAGGCCAACUGGGACACCGAGAAAACCGGUCUGAUGAAGCAAGCAGAAACUGCUGAAGCGGCUCUUAAACCGGCGGCAGAAGAAUUAUCUGGGCUAAAGCACCAAAUCAACGCCAUGACCUCCGCCAUAUUUGGAAGUCGCAUCGCUCACCUAGGUUCUGACAUGCGGAAGAAGCUUAAAGCGGCAUAUACACUGAUUGAACAGCUGUAUACCGGCGCUCAACGGGUUAUAUGCGCAGCUUCAUAUGAUAACGCGGCACCAACACUUAUCAAGGAUACGCUGGAUCGUCUCUCAAUGACACCAGCGCAAAUAGAAGAGUUGAAGCGAUCCGCUGCUCGGGCGGGCGCUUUGUUGGCGCUGACUCGAGCCAAGGCAUGGAUAGCUGAUCUUGACCCGGCGGAUAUAUCCAAAGGCUUCCCUAGUGCCCAAGAAAAUGGCAAAGAGUUUGACAAUGACGCCCUGAAACGGAGUGUUGCUGCCGUGCUAAAUGGCGCCGCCGCUACGGUGUCUGCUGCACCGAUCGACGCCCUCGUGCGGUCCUUCCUCCUCGAGGGCCGCUCCGCCUCCGCCGGCUUCACCCACGGCCCGCACGCGCUCAGGUGGGCCUACGACAACGCGCUCGGGCUCGUCUUCGUCGCCGUGUACCGGCGGCUGCUCCACCUCCUGUACGUCGACGACCUCCUGGCCGCCGUCAGCGCCGACUUCGCGCGGAUCUACGAGCCGCGCCGCGCGUCCUAUGACGAGUUCGGCGAGAUGUUCCGGCAGCUCCAUCUCGAGGCCGAGGCGCGCGCGUCGCGUCCACCUUCCGUCUCCGCGAAGCCUGCUCCAGCAGCUUCAUCCCCUGGCGCUCUCCAGCCCCAUGGUGGCGGUGGCGGUGGUGGUGGUGGUGAGGGUGAGAAGACGGGUGAUGAGUCUGGGAAGGAUGACUCCGAUGGUGAACCUUCCCGGCAGGAGAAGCACAACUCAGCAGCAGAUGGUAGCGUCAAUGGUUUGGAAGAGAAUUCUCAUACCGGCCAUGGUGGUGUUGUUGUGAAAAGGGAGGAGGAAGGAGGUCCCAACAACGGGGCUUUUAAUUUGGAAAACAUAAAAAAGAUCUUUUUUCCGCACAAUGAUAAAGGCGGAGACAAGCCGAAGAGACCUGUGCACAAGGAUAAGAAACCGAGACCAGGGAGAGACAAGAAACCUGUACCCGAGGAUAAGAAACCAUCCGAGAAGAAGUUGGAUUACUCCAACCCGGCGGAUCAUAGCGGAGGGGCUGGGAAGCAGACGGCUGUCAACCAGGGGAAGAGCAUGAUGGACAAGGAUGAAGCUGUGAGGAGCACAGCAAAGGAUGGAUGGUUCUCCUCAAUGUUCAGGAGCAUUGCAGGUAGCAAUGCAGAACUGAAGGAGUCUGAUCUGCAACCUGCACUCAAAUCUCUGAAAGACCGGCUCAUGACCAAGAAUGUAGCCGAGGAAAUUGCAGAGAAGCUCUGUGAAUCAGUUGCGGCUAGCCUCCUAGGCAAGAAGCUUGGAUCGUUCACACGGAUAUCCUCUUCUGUUCAGGCAGCUAUGGAAGAGGCUCUGGUCCGCAUUUUGACCCCAAGGCGAUCUAUUGAUGUACUGAGAGAUGUUCAUGCUGCCAAGGACCGUGGCACACCGUAUGUCAUAGUCUUUGUUGGGGUUAAUGGGGUAGGCAAAUCCACUAACCUCGCAAAGGUUGCUUAUUGGCUUCUUCAACAUGAUCUUAGUGUCACGCUGGCAGCAUGUGACACCUUUAGAUCUGGCGCUGUUGAGCAGCUGCGCACACAUGCUCGCAGGCUUCAGAUUCCAAUAUUUGAGAAAGGAUACGAAAGGGAUCCAGCUGUAGUGGCGAAGGGUGCGAUUCAGGAAGCCACUCGGAAUAAAUCAGACGUUGUUCUUGUCGACACUGCAGGGCGUAUGCAAGAUAAUGAGCCACUCAUGAGGGCACUCUCCAAGCUCAUCAAUCUCAAUAACCCGGAUCUGGUUUUGUUUGUGGGAGAAGCUCUGGUGGGAAAUGAUGCUGUUGAUCAGCUCACCAAGUUUAGCCAGAAACUGACAGACCUUUCCACUGCUCCCACUGCUAGAUCGAUAGAUGGCAUCCUGCUUACCAAGUUUGACACCAUUGAUGACAAGGUUGGAGCAGCGCUUUCCAUGGUGUAUGUAUCUGGAGCUCCUGUCAUGUUCGUUGGCUGUGGUCAGUCUUACACUGACCUCAAGAAGCUCAACGUAAAAUCCAUUGUCAAUACCCUCCUGGAGUGAAUACUGCGUGCUGCACUCCCAUAUUUACUUCAUAAAUAAGCCUUCUUAUCUUUUUAAACCUCCAUGACUUUGCCGUUGUCACUAAUAAUUAUGUGUAAUUCAUGGUUUGCUACUUAUGUAAGGGCUGGAACUAGAAAUUUCUGUGUUACUUUUAAGAAUUUUUCAUGUA